GAAAGUUUUAUACCAAUUAAUAUUCUACAUUCUUAUUCUCUUAUGGACUUUCUUACAUUUGCAGCAACUUAAAGAUUCCACUUGAUAAACUCCCAUCUUUCUUUUUGGAUGCUCCAAGUCACUUGAUUAAAGCUUCUCCAGAAUCUCCUCUAUAAAUUAUGAUUCAUACCAAACUCUUGUAGACAAAACCGAUUUUCAAAAAAACAAAACAUAAAAAUAUUUUUUAAAAACAAUGAAAUACGCAGAUAUAUCACAUUUUAGUCACCCUCAACACAACCUCAAAUUCGACUACACGGAGAAACCCUUCAAAUGUGAUGGAUGCAAUGAAGUUGGUAUCGGCUCUCGCUAUCGCUGCUCCGGUGAUAAUCAUGGAAGCUGUGAUUUUGAUCUCCAUGCGCACUGUGCCCUGCCCUCAGCGUCCAUAACACAUCCGUUCUACAAAAAGUGUACGUUUCAGUUUGUGGCGCGGCCACCAGGGAACGAAAGACGGUACUGCAAUGCGUGCGAGAAGGAUGUAUCGGGGUUUUUGUACCAUUGCAAGGCUUGUGGGUUUGAUCUUCACCCGUGUUGCGCUAUGCUUCCUAUGGUUUUGGACGAUGGAGAGACCAAUCUCUUUCUUUAUCGUAAAGUUAGUUCGUCUUGUCAUCGAUGUGGAAAAAAAGGCCGUAGCUGGAGUUACAGGUCAUCUUGCAAAAAGUACAAUCUCCAUGUCGCGUGUGUGAGAGAGAUGUUGGUGGAGAAUUGGCGAGAGCUGUACACAGGACAACAUGGUAAAAGCAUUGAACACAAGAGCCUGGUCUUAAAGAACACACUUGAGCAUCACCACCGUAGCAGCCGCAAAGGUAAAGUUCAAAAAUGCUGCGAGAUCGCCGGUAUAGCCGUGCAGUUUGUCAUUUCCGCCGUACUCGGGGAUCCAACGACCCUAAUCGCGGGAGUUGUAGGCUCCCUUAUUUCUCGAGGAUGAUUCCCCUUCAAAGUAUUUCAGUUUGAGUGUUUAACCAUCGUGUUAUAAACUCUUAAUUAGGAGCAUGUGAAAGUUGAUACAUUAGAGUUUGAUAUCCUUUUAAGUUUCUUGUCCAUAAACCAAAAACGUGUAAUGUUGAAAAAUAAUAAUAAUUAAUUACGUAAGACAGCUUAGUAAAGUCUAUUUUAAGUGA